AUGCACCCUUGUCUUACACCUCCUCCGAGCUCUACUAGAGGCUCUAGUCCUGACCAUCAUGUCGAUAACUCGGAGGCCAGAGGCAGGCCUAUGACUCAAACUCUCCGCAGAACUCGAGAUUUUUCACCAACCAAACCCAUCAAACGUCACAGGUCGUUAUCACCAUCAUCUUCCAACACCGAGGACGACGAUAUCAAUGCACCCGCAUCCCUUCCCCCCAUAAUCAGCUAUUUGUCUUUUGUUGUAAAGCGUGCAAAGGCGAAACAUUCGGACAAUCCCUCCGGCUAUUGGAGACGUCCCAGAAUGUUGGAGCUCCGCUUCGCUGAAAGGUAUAUUGGACCCUCUGAUAUGGUACCAGUAGAUGUUGAGAGAGGCAAAAGUCUAGUGGAGCAUGGCUUGAGAAACAUGUCUUCUGAGGCUGUUGCUCAAGCAGUCCUCACGAAGGAAGCUGAUCUUGAAUGGAAGCGAUUGCGCGCCUUAGCCUCCGCUUGGGAAAUUGAAAUACUUCUCGAGGAUGAAGCUGCUUGCCUUGCCAAUGCCUCGAAAGAACCUCUAGCCAUCUCGUUAGAAUCACUUGCCAAUUAUAGCAUGGAGGAGCUCAAAACUCGCACAGCCUUCAGUAUUGCAGCAUAUAGUCAGGAUAGGACAUCUUUCAUUGCUACUGACGCACAGCUUGAUCACCUCGAAUUUCUUGCUCAUGAGCACUAUCUGCCCACGAGUGAUGAAGACACCUUUGAGGUCAGUGCUCGUGGGCAGGAAUCACAAGCAGGUGAUGAGGGUCGCUUGCCUGCAAGCCCAACAAACUCGGAUGCAAGCGCCAUGCUUUUGUUACAGUAA